UCUCGACGGACUUCACCUGGGGAAGAGGAUUAUAUUAGAAAACAUGAUGGAUAUUCUAAACUUGAAGACGUGGAUAAGACUGAUAUUGAAAGGCUGUAUGAAGCGGUGCCUCAGCUUUCCAGUAUUUUCAGAGUUCAAAGCAAAAUUGGUGAAGGUACUUUCAGUUCAGUUUAUUUGGCCACAGCACGGCUUGAGUCAUUGGUGGAAGAGAAAUUUGCUCUUAAACACUUAAUUCCAACAAGUCAUCCUUUACGAAUAGCUGCGGAACUUCAGUGUCUUGCAGUUGCUGGGGGAUAUGACAGUGUUAUGGGCGUGACUACUUGCUUGAGAAAGGAUGACCAUGUUGUCAUUGUCAUGCCAUAUUUAGAGCACGAGUCAUUCCUGGAUAUUUUAAAUUCUCUCACUUUUGAAGAAGUCCGUGAGUAUAUGUUCAACUUACUUAAAGCAUUAAAACGCAUUCAUCAUUUUGGAAUCAUUCAUCGUGACAUCAAGCCAAGCAACUUCCUGUACAACAGACGGCAAAAGAAGUACGCUUUAGUGGAUUUUGGAUUGGCACAAGGUACUCCAGAUACAAAAAUAGAUCUUCUCAAAGUUGUACAAAACGAAGGACAGCAGGGAAGUUGUUCAAAAAGUAAACCAUUGUCCACAAACAAGGUUUCUCACAAUGUCACCACUUCUAAACAUGCUCCGUCUUUCAUCACAAAACCAUCUGUUAUAAGGCAAUGGCCUAGUUCACAGAUCAAACCUGGAAAAGAUGGAAAGGAGGAAUCAAAAACCGUUUCAACUAACCGAUCUGUUUUUGGAGAAAGAAAUUUGAAUAUUCAUGGUUCUCAGAACAGCAUACUGAGCAAGUCAGGAAAGCCACCUAGAUUAAUUGAAGAAUCUAAGAAAUUGAACACCAAACGUAAAAUGGUUCCAGCAAAAAGCAGCACAAGCAAUCUGACUCGGAAAUUAGCAGGUGUAGUCUCAGCAAAUAUGACCUGUGGCUGUUACAUGACUGACAGAGUUUGCAGCAUCUGUCUUUCAAGGUAAAUACAAAUUGCUCCAUAUGCAGGGACACGGUGUUUUCAUUCCCCAGAAGUCAUCCUAGACUGCCCCAACAGAACUGUAGCUAUCGAUAUGUGGUCGGCAGGCGUAAUCUUUCUGUCAUUGCUAAGUGGACGGUAUCCAUUUUUCAAAGCAGGUGAUGAUUUAACAGCUUUAGCCCAGAUAAUGACAAUUUGUGGAUCCAAAGAAACCAUCCAGGCUGCAAAGACUUUUGGCAAAUCCAUAGUAUGUAGCAAAGAUAUUCCUGCUCAGAAUUUCAGGACUCUGUGUGAAAAAUUGAGAGGAACCUUUAACUGGCAUGAAACACCAACUGAAACUCCUUGUAACAGUGAGUCGUAUUCUGCAAUGGACAUUGACAAGGAAACCGUACAGAGUGCUUGCACAGUAGAACAACUGCCUUAUCAGUCAGACAAUCUAUUAUUGCAUGCAAAGGGAUGGAACAGAGUUCCUGAUGCAGCAUAUGAUCUCUUAUACAGGUUGUUGGACUUGAACCCAGCUACAAGGAUAACGGCAGAUAGAGCUUUAUUGCAUCCUUUUUUUAAAGAGUUGCAAGACUAAUUUAUUGAACUUUAUUUUGUUUUCUGAUGGCACUGAGAGAGUGCGAAAAAUAAUUCCAGAUUUGUUUGAAAUGGUUGAUUUGUACAUGUAUUUCCUGUUUUAACAUUGUUUUAACUGUGAAAUAUUUUGUAUUUUCUAUGUUAAGUUUUGAUCUUCAGACAUUACUUUUAGAUGCCAUCUGCAGAUCCCAUAUUGUCUGCAAUUGUUAACUUUCCCUUAAAAUAUUUUGCUUUUGUGCAUCGUCUUGAGCAUUGUCAUUGGAAGAUUAUUUGACAGCAAUUAUAUUUAAUAUUUUUUUUAUUUUGCAUAACAUAGAUGAACACAUGCAUUGUCUUUGUUAUAUACUGCCAGAAAUGUGUAUACUGCCAGUUUGAUAUGUUCUUGUCAUUUGUUGUGAUCUUUUGUACGAUACUACUACUAUAUUUUUAGAUAUGGCAUGUUGGUGUAUGUGUAUGAUUAUUAUGCAGUGGUCUGUUUGGCCUUACAGAUGAACCUUUGGCAUCCCUUUAUAGGUUCAUAGGUUGGUACUUUGCUAUCUGCCCUAGGGCCUAUACAAGCCUAGCCAUAACAAUUCCCUGGCUAUUUCUUCCCACAAUAUUUACUUCCUGG